AGCCGCUGCCCCGGGCUGUGCGGGAUGGAGCUCUGUCUGUCUGUCUAGCAUAUUGCGUACUACGCUGCAGCGUAGGAGCCAGCCAGCAUUGACAACGACAACUGGCUCCCCACCGCUGCCACCCACUCCCACCACUCCCACCACGCCCACCACAUCGGCAUGAUCCCUGACCCCGAUUCUCCCACACCUCCUCCAACACCAUCAGAGGCCCCACCCUUUGGCCAAUCGUCAUUUACCCACACACCCCCCGGGAUGCAUGGCCUGGCGGGUUACAAAACCCAGCCCGCAAUCUGGUCAUGUACGACGUACUGUUGUACCUCCUUCAAGCCUCAGCCUGCGCAAGUGGCUUUCUUUUCAUAAACAAAUCACUCCCCGGCCGUUCUAAAGCCUCGAAAGGAACCGUUCUUCUGUUUGCUUCGACCUGAACUCUGCCACCCCGCCGAUCUCUCGUUUUUCCCAGUGAGGCCUUAUUAUAGUGAGCUUCCAAGACAGACAGCCUUCAUCCCAGCUCCCCGAGAAUUGUAAGGCUGCCGCCACGGCUCGGGCCCUUUCGCUCCUCCGCCCUGCCUCGUCGUCGCUCACAACUCGCCCGCACCCUGCUCCAGCUUAAACAACACGCGCCGCUGUCUGAGCAGUCGGCGCCGCCAUCCUCACUACGAUGACCCAGACUGCUUUUGACUUUCCAGAGGACCUUGCAGCCUUGGAACGUGAGGCGGAAGCGAAAGAGCGCGAGGCCAGACUGCUCAGGGAAAGGGUUGCUGCUGCCCAACACCAAAAGUCGAUCGCAUCCGGCGCCCACAACCAGGACUUCCUGCCCACCUCACAGGGCACUUUUCAGUUCUCGCCACUGCCAGCCACGGCUCGCCAUGCGGACCUCACCGUCCACACUGGGCCUCAGCCCUCGGUCCAAUAUCACCAGAACCCGGCACAUCCCAUGAAGCGCACAAAGACCACUCACACCCAGCCCCAGCAGUCAAUGAUAAGCCCAAGCGCAGGCAUGGUGCGCUCAAAAUCCAGCUCUGCAGCACAGAACCCCUUCGCCGGUGCUGGCCGCGUCAAGCCCAUCUCACCCCUGCAGGCUCAGCAUGGCUCCAAGAUGGACAUGAUGGACAACUUCCUGAACGAGUCAGAGCAGCAGCAGCCUGCAAAUAACUACGUCCUUGCCCACUCCAUGGGCAACCCCAUGGUGUCCCAACCGCGCAAGACGGAACUCCCGACGGUCAUGGAGGCUAGCGGCAUGUUGGAGGACCCGGCCAGCUGGCUCUCAAGACACCAAGGCGAUCUGGAGUCAGCACAACCGAUCGUCCCCACCGACAUGCAAUUCUCGCCUUAUGGGCAGCCAUUUCCAACCCCGAUCUACACGCAGUUCCAGCCACAAGGCUUCCCCACGUCUCAGUGUGGGUCCCUGACAUCCGGUCCAACCAUCGAAACUGCCAUGACAAGAUCCAACAGCACCGCCAACCAGUCGGUCUCGGGCCAGAUACAGAUGAUGAGGUUGAACUCUCAAUCAUCCAUGAAUGACGGGGUGCCAAGUCCCGAAUACGGGAGCUUCAGUGGCACUGGAUAUCAUCAACCCACUUCGAAUAAGCGGCGUGCCCCCGACGAUGAGCUACUAGUUGGCGUUGGAAAUCAUGGCGAGAUCUCCUCUGCACUGCCAAAUUACCCUGAAGACAUGGGCCGGUCUAUUUCCGUCGACAGCAGAAUCUCAAAUCCUCCCUCCAACGUCUUGGCCAUGCCAAUGCAGCGGUCCAAGACCACUGAUGCAUUCUCACUCCCGUCAGGACCGCAUUCGAAGAGCACCCCAGCACUCGGGCAGCAGGUCGACCUAGCCGAGCAUGCUGAGCCGAUGAUGCGGUCUAUCUCCGCGAGCAGCGCCAAGUCUACCCUUUCACAGCGCGGGCGAGCCAAGGACUCUUUACAUCGGCAGAUUGCAGCCGCGAAUGUCCUUCUGGCUCCCAAGCCCGCGUCCGAUCCGAACGAGCCAGACUCGGAUUCACAACCGGGCUCCAAAGCUGGCAAGGACGGAAAAGUGGCCGUGACCAAAGCAAAGUACGAACGACCCAAGCACCCCAAAGUCAAGUGCCGGCAGUGCGAUGAAUAUCCAGAUGGGUUCCGCGGCGAGCACGAACUUCGUCGCCACACCGAAGCCAAGCACGGAAACGUCGUCAAGAAGUACGUCUGUGUUGAUCCGUCCACCAAAGGCAUCUCGAGCGACUACCAGCCAGUGACCCCACUUGAAAAGUGCAAGCACUGCAGGGGCGGAAAGCAAUACGGGGCCUACUAUAACGCUGCUGCUCACCUCAGGCGUGCCCAUUUCUGCAAAAAGCCCCCUAGGGCCAAGGGGGCUGCCAAGAAUGGAAACGACGCCGAGGCGGCUGAAAGACGAGGUGGCAAAGGCGGCGGUGACUGGCCGCCCAUGAAAGACCUCAAGGCAUGGAUGGAGGAGACGAGCGUGUCGGUAGACGACCAGGACGCCCUAGACAUCAACACGAUGCAGGACGAGGACGAGCUGCAGAACCAGGAGAUUGACUACAUCGACGGCCCGCUCCCAGCCGCCUAUGGUAAUAUGCAGCCUGCUCAGAUGGACAACACUUCCUUCUACGGCAUGGGCGACAAUCUACCGCUCGACAAUAAUGACGUCUACCACCAGAACAUGCAUGACCUCUAUGCCGUGUCUCCGGUGCAGCAGCUCGACACGAUGAUGAUGCCGUCUGUGGGAUCUGCUAAUUUUGGCUUUACGUCCAACAUCUCGCCAUCCUUCAACCAAAUGGGAGUGGCCAUGGACCACAACGCUUACCACAGCCCGAACGUCUCUUCGUCCUCAGCGACCCUGACAGCAAUUAACAACUUCGCAUCUUCCCAGCAGAUCCAUCUGCCGAUCAGCCAGCCAUCGCAUGACCUUGGCGACUUGGAUUUCUCUCUGGUCUUCACUGGCGGUGCUGUGGAAGGCUGCUGAAACCCGGCGGCUCGCGUGGUCGGCUGUUGCCAACGGCAUCCUGUACCACCGUCUCGCCCUCUUUUUUACGAAAAUGCAUGAUUACGAGUUAUGUUAGGUUUACGGUUGAUUUCAUCGUUGUAAUGUCUCGGGCGUCUAUCUCUUGUAUGUUCUUUUCUUGUUUGAUUUUCUUUACUGUCGCUCGCUUUGCUUGGCCCCUUCUUGAGGCAUACGUUCGACGAGGCGCGUGGACGCCAAUGUUGUUCGACUAUGGGCGCGCUUUGGAUCCUGUACUAGACACUCAACACACGUUGCGAGCAGACAGGGUAGAGGAAUACGGGUUUCGCAUUGUAUUCGGCGUUCUUGUUUCGGGGGGCCAACGGGGCUGAAAAGCACAAAAGACGGGUCGGACUCACAUCACCUUGUCGCUUUCUGGGUUCUGAAAACACCCUCUUGCCAUGGUUCACCGGUCCAUGGACUCAUUUUCGCUGGGCGCUCUUUGAUAUAAGGCACAUGUUGGUGAAGAAUGGCAUUGGGCUUGAUGUUGGCGCUCGAGCGACAGGAGCGGAAUGCAUGUUUGAAUAUGGGAUUGGGAUCAUGAUACCUCUGCUACUUGAUAGGGCUUCGCUGAGAAGACUUGGAUACCCUCAAAUGCAUUCUAGCGAGACAGACAGGUCUGUCUGGGCCUCGGGAAACACA